AUGCGUUUCUACACCAUCGCUCUGUUGACUGGCGCUACCGCCGUCGCUGCUGGUAACUCCGCGACCCUCCUCCUGCCCGGCUUUGCGGGUCAGGAUCUCCAGGCUAGCGUUAUCGAAUCCAAUGGCGAUGCGACUACCUACCGUAUCACCUGCCCCAAGACAGCCGAUGCCUGUGGUAUUGUCGGCGAUGGAAUGACCGCAAUUGCCGCGCCGACCUCCAUGCAGUUGCAGAACAUCAACCUCCAGGGAACUAUUGGAACCGUUUCCUGCAACAUUGCCGGCACCACUUACGCCUCCUGCGAGGCCUCUGCCGGCACUGCGCACCCGUCUGGUACCCUGGGCCCAGAUGAUCUGAAUUGGAUGCCCGUGACUAUCUCCACAACCCCGACUCCGACGUCGACCCCCACCCCAACCCCUACUAGCACCAGUACCAGUACCAGCACCAGCACCAGCACCAGCACGACUGAGGCGCCGAGCACCACCGAGGUGACCUCCACCUCCACCCCGGCCAUCACAUCUACAACCCUCGUCGCCUCGGUCCCCAAGAAGUCCUCCUCGUCUCACAUUUCGUCCGCCACUAUUGCCUUCUCCACUCCUCUGGUCGCCGCGACCACCAGCACUGCUAUCAUCGGAACUGGUGGCCCUGCGGCUUCCGCUUCCGCUUCCUCGACUCCCUUCAACGCCGCCGGCCAGCUGACAGGCAGCAUCUGGACUGUUGGUGGUGCUUUCUUGGCUCUUGCCUGCGCUUUCGCGUAA